GAGUUCCAUGUUAAAUGGACAUUGUAACCUAGUUCCGUGGAACUUCUGCUUCCUGUGUAACUCAAGAUCCUGUCAACCAAACGAGGCCUUUAUAUCUUUAGCCGACCAUGUACGCUACUAUAAACGGCAAUAAAAUAAUAGCUUGGAUAAACUGGAUAAUAUAGAAAACCAAUGCAAUGGGACUUGAGAGUUGAGAGAUUAAUUGACAGAGUCAAAGGACAGUCUGUAGCCAUCGAAAAAUCCCGAAAUGUCUUCUAAGACCCACACCGUGACCGUAAUCGAACACUGCCCAGUAUCCCCGCCGCCUGGUUCAGUGGCUCAAACCCAUAUGCCCCUCACUUUUUUCGACCUUCUGUGGCUCAAUUUCACCCCCUUCAGCCGCCUCCUCUUCUACAACUUAAACAUUUCCACAACAGACUUCACUCAAAAACUUGUUCCCCAUCUUAAAACUUCCCUCUCCAAGGCUCUCCAACACUACUUUCCAUUGGCUGGUAAUCUUGUGACCCCAACAGCUUAUAAUCCCAGUGCUCGUGUUUCCACCAGGCCCGCCAUUCGUUACUUAGAUGGCGACUCGGUUAUACUAACCGUUGCUGAGUAUGAUGAAGAUUUCAUUCAUCUGUCAGGUGAUCAAACGCGAUAUUUUGAUCAACUAUCAUGUCUUGCGCCUAAGUUGCCGCCAGGACAUCAAGAGCAAUCGGUUGAGGAGGGGCGUGAGGUACGGGUAUCUCCGGUUUUAGCUAUACAGGUGACAUGUUUUCCAGGACAGGGAGUGUGUGUUGGAUUCACCAGUUCCCACGCUGUUGCGGAUGGGAGUACCGUGUUUAAGUUCAUCCAGGCGUGGGGCUUGAUUGCGAAAAAUUCUUCCAGGAAUUUUAGUGAUGAUGCAGUCUCAAUGAUGUUGGAAAAUACCCAAUUGUUUAGCCUCCCCUUUUAUGAUAGGAGUGUGAUCGAAGACUCAAAGGAUUUAGCUGGUGUUUAUAUUAGUCAAAUGGGAGAGACUGAUGCCUCUCAAACUCCUCCAGCUACAGCUAAGAAGGUUCGAGCUACGUUUGUGCUGCGCCAAACCAACAUCGAAGCACUCAAGAAGAUGGUCUCAAACAAAUUACCAAGACUAUCACAUCUAUCAUCGUUUACAGUGGCGUGUGGGUACGUGUGGAGUUGCUUAGCGAAAACUCAGAAGGAAAUUGCUACCAAUGAGGAGGAUGAAGAAGAGCAUUUAAUAGUUGCAGUCAACUGUCGAGCUCGUCUGGAUCCACCACUUCCAGAAACUUACUUUGGAAAUUGCUUGACUAUAUGUUUUAUAACUACAAAAAACUCUCAGCUAGUAGGGGGAGAAGGUGAAGGAUUUCUCAGAGCAGCUGAACUGAUUGGAGAGUCGAUUCACAAAAAGCUAAAUGAAGACGGGAUCCUGAAAGGUGCAGAGAUGUGGUAUGAGGAAUUCAAAGAAGUGAAGACAAAAUGGAAACGGGAGCAUAUUUCAGGAAUUGCAGGAUCGCCUAAGUUCUACUUCUAUGAUAUAGAUUUCGGAUGGGGAAAGCCCCAAAAAUACGAAUUUGUUUCAGAAAAAUUGUCAAUGUCAGGUCGUAGAGAUGCCCAUGGAGAUAUAGAAUUUGGGCUGUGCCUAAAAGAGAAUGAAAUGGUGGCCUUCUCAGCAAUCUUUGGGGAAGGGCUACACUGUACUGAUGAACUAUAGAUCUUUGUAAUGUUGUCUUGUUUCUCA